AUGUCCACUGAGGGGCGUGGUAAACCACGCUCCCCAGUGAAGCGCAAGUCUCGCGUGCUUAGCAGUUUGACCCGCGAUGACAUUGUGAGGCUCUUUGACUUCCCAAUCGAGACAGCCGCCAGAUUAGUUGGGGUUGGAGAAACUGCAUUGAAACGAAGAUGUAGGGAACUCGGCAUCGUAAGGUGGAAGCACCGGACUCUGAUGGGCUUUAGAAACAUUGCGAGCUCACUGCAGAUCCCGUCCGAGGAGUUGACGCGGUGUUUUGAAGAAGACCCUAACUUAGAGCUGGGAGCUAAUCUUUGUAAAGUUCGACAAAAGGUCUACAAGGAACGACACCAGUCCAAGAUCUGUGCAACACCUCUCCUUCCCCUUAUUUCUUCCUCUGCUUCCCCUCGUUCCCCCCUCUCCUUCCCCUUAUUUCCAACUCUACUCCCCCCUCGUUCCCCCCUCUCCUUCCCCUUGUUUCCCCCUCUGCUCCCCCUCGUUCCCCCUCUCCUUCCCCUUGUUUCCCCCUCUGCUUCCCCUCGUUCCCCCCUCUCCUUCCCCUUGUUUCCCCCUCUGCUCCCCCUCGUUCCCCCCUCUCCUUCCCCUUGUUUCCCCCUCUGCUCCCCCUCGUUCCCCCCUUUCCUUCCCCUUAUUUCCCCCUCUGCUCCCCCUCGUUCCCCCCUCUCCUUCCCCUUGUUUCCCCCUCUGCUCCCCCUCGUUCCCCCCUUUCCUUCCCCUUAUUUCCCCCUCUGCUCCCCCUCGUUCCGCCCUCUCCUUCCCUUAUUUCCCCCUCUGCUCCCCCUCGUUCCCACCUCUCCUUCCCCUUGUUUCCCCCUCUGCUUCCCCUCGUUUCCCCCUCUCCUUCCCCUUCUUUCCCCCUCUGCUCCCCCUCGUUCCCCCCUCUCCUUCCCCUUGUUUCCCCCUCUGCUCCCCCUCGUUCCCCCUCUCCUUCCCCUUGUUUCCCCCUCUGCUCCCCCUCGUUCCCCCCUUUCCUUCCCCUUGUUUCCCCCUCUGCUUCCCCUCGUUUCCCCCUCUCCUUCCCCUUCUUUCCCCCUCUGCUCCCCCUCGUUCCCCCCUCUCCUUCCCCUUAUUUCCCCCUCUGCUCCCCCUCGUUACCCCCUCUGCUUCCCCUUAUUUCCCCCUCUUCUUCCCCUCCUUUCCCCUUAUGCUUCACCUCCUUCCCCCCCCUGCAUGCCCUCCUUUCUCCACCUGCUUCCCCUCCUUGCCCCCCAUGCUUCUCUUCGCUUCCCCCCACAUCCCCUGUUUUCCCCUGCUUUCCCCCCCUUGCUUGCUCUCCUUCACCCCCAUGCUUCACCUCCUUACCGCCCCUCCUUCACCUCCUUUCCCUCCCUGCUUCCCCCCUUUUCCCCCACGGCUUCCCUUCCUUUCCCCCCCUGCCUCCUCUCCUUUCCCCCCAUGCUUAUCCUCCCUUCCCCACCUGCUUCCCCUAUUUCUCACCCUCCUUUCGCUCAUUUUCCCCCUCUGCUUGCCGCAAUGCCUCUCCACCCCCUUACAAUUCAAUCAGCUCCUUCGAGUUUGCUUAUUCUCUGUCCUCCCUUUUUACCCUGCUUAUGCUCCCUCCUCCCUUUGCUUACCCUCUCUCUUCCCCUCUACCCUCACCACCAGUACCGUGUUUACCGCCUUCCCUUUCCAUACUGA